CCAACAUUGUUAAAAGCCUCGAAAUUGGAAUUUUCACGUGUUUAAGCAAAACAAACGCAUCAAUUGGCCGCAUUGGCCGUAAAGUAAUCUAAUAUACUCGAAAAAAACAAGGGAAUAAAACUCCACAGUAAUUAUGGACAUUGAUGAAUUAUUUGAUUGCUUUGACGAGGUGCCGCCGGAGAGUUUGGAGGCACCACCGGCAUUGGCCGCCACAGAUAAAAAAGCCACCAAAAGGAACUCUAAGAUCGAUGAUAGCACCACUAGCAAUGGUGACGAUGACAGUGAAGCUAAGGCCACCAAACGUGCUAAGCCACAGGAGACAACCGACGACGACGACGCCGCCGCCGAGGAAAAGGUGAAACUGGAGGAGGAGGACGAUGAAGAACCUUCAACUUCCCGACAAUUAGAUUUGGAUGAUGCGGCCACAUUGGAUGCUUUGCGUACACGUAUCGUAACCCAUCAGUUGGAGGCACCCGAAUCCUGUACGCAUGAGGUGGCUGCCCAUCCCGAUCAGGAAUAUAUUCCAUUGAAACCUUUUAGCGGAGUUCCAGCCAAAGAAUAUCCAUUUGUAUUGGAUCCAUUUCAGAAACAGGCCAUUCUCUGUAUAGAUAAUUCGCAAAGCGUUCUAGUCUCGGCCCACACUUCGGCUGGCAAGACAGUUGUGGCUGAGUAUGCCAUAGCCAAGUCGCUGCUAGCCAAACAGAGAGUCAUCUACACCACACCGAUUAAGGCUCUGUCCAAUCAAAAGUUUCGCGAGUUUACCGAUGAGUUCACUGAUGUGGGUCUGGUCACUGGUGAUGUGACCAUCAAUCCUUCAGCCUCUUGCCUCAUCAUGACCACGGAGAUUCUUCGAAAUAUGUUGUAUCGCGGCAGUGAGAUUAUGCGUGAAGUGGGUUGGGUGAUCUUUGAUGAGAUUCAUUAUAUGCGCGACAAGGAACGUGGUGUCGUUUGGGAGGAGACGCUUAUCCUCCUGCCGGACAAUGUACGCUAUGUUUUCCUUUCGGCCACCAUACCCAAUGCUCGGCAAUUUGCCGAAUGGGUUUGCCAUCUGCAUAAGCAGCCGUGUCAUGUGGUCUACACGGAUUAUCGUCCAACUCCGCUGCAGCAUUACAUAUUCCCUGCCGGUGGUGAUGGCAUUCACUUGAUUGUGGACGAGAAGGGGCAAUUCAAGGAAGACAAUUUCACCACAGCCAUGGCGGUUCUGGCCAAUGCAGGUGAGGCGGCCAAGGGCGAUCAGAAAGGUCGUAAAGGCGGCAUCAAGGGCGCCAAUGCCGGGCAGACCAACAUUUUUAAGAUUGUCAAAAUGAUUAUGGAACGAAACUUUGCUCCGGUUAUUAUUUUCUCGUUUAGUAAAAAGGAUUGCGAGAUUUAUGCCAUGCAAAUGGCUAAAUUGGAUUUCAAUACACCCGAAGAGAAGAAGCUGGUCGAUGAGGUCUUCUACAAUGCCAUGGAAGUCCUGAGCGAAGAGGAUCGCACUCUGCCCCAAGUCGAGAAUGUUUUGCCCUUGCUGCGCCGUGGCAUUGGUAUCCAUCAUGGUGGAUUAUUGCCCAUUUUGAAGGAGACUAUUGAGAUUCUCUUUGGCGAGGGUCUUAUCAAGGCGCUGUUUGCCACCGAGACAUUUGCCAUGGGCUUGAACAUGCCGGCCAGAACUGUGUUGUUUACAGCACCAAGAAAAUUCGAUGGCAAGGAUUUCCGGUGGAUUAGCUCGGGCGAAUAUAUCCAGAUGGCUGGUCGUGCCGGUCGUCGUGGUCUCGAUGACAAGGGUAUCGUUAUUCUAAUGAUUGAUGAAAAAGUCUCCCCGGCCGUUGGACGCGAAAUAGUCCAGGGCAAGGCAGAUCCCAUCAAUUCGGCCUUCCAUUUGACCUACAACAUGGUGUUGAAUCUGUUGCGUGUAGAGGAAAUCAAUCCCGAGUAUAUGCUAGAACGGAGUUUCUACCAAUUCCAAAAUCAAGCCGCUCUACCCGGACUUCACGAUCAGGUGGAAGAGAAGACACGCGAACUGAACAAACAUAGCAUCAAGGAUGAGCACAAUAUUGCUUCAUAUCAUCACAUACGUGACCAAUUGGAGCAAUAUGGCAAACAAUUUCGUUCCUGGAUAACCAAACCCCAUUAUCUAUUGCCCUUCUUGCAGCCGGGUCGUUUGAUAAAGGUCACCGCGGAUAAUCAGGAAUACGAUUGGGGCAUUGUCUUGAAUUUCAAGAACCAUGAAAAAGCUCGCAAGAAUCCUCUCAAGCCCGAUCCGGGCGUCACCAUUGAUGUGCUCCUGCAUGUCAGCGAAGAGGCAUCGAAAUCCGGUGACACUGAACCCUGUAAACCAAAUGAACGCGGCUGCAUGGAAGUUGUCCCUGUGGCCAAUACCCUUAUUACCCAAAUAAGUUCGAUUCGUGUAUAUUUCCCGAACGAUUUACGUUCUGCCGAUAAUCGCAAAGCAGUGCUAAAAACCAUACAGGAAGCGAAAAAACGUUUUCCCCUCGGACCACCAGUUUUAGAUCCCGUCGAUGACAUGCAAAUCAAGGAUAAGGAAUUUCGAAAUAUCGUGGCAGCCAUUGCCCAGUUUGAGAAAAAUCUCGAAGAGCAUCCACUGCACAAAUCCGCCGACCUGGAGCGUGUUCACAAACGUUAUUUGGAUAAAAUGAAGCUUCUAGGUGAGCUGAAUGAUCUGAAAGUUGAAUUGAAAGCAGCUCGCAGUCUCCUGCAAAUGGAGGAGCUAAAGCAUCGGAAACGUGUGCUGCGACGCAUGGGCUACUGCAAACCCGGCGAUGUCAUCGAGUUUAAGGGCCGAGUGGCCUGUGAACUGAGCUCAGCCGAUGAGUUGCUCAUGACAGAAAUGAUCUUCAAUGGCGUCUUCAAUGAACUAACACCACCGCAGGCAGUGGCUUUGCUCUCCUGCUUCGUGUGCGACGAAAAGUCUAAUGAAUCACCGCAGAGUGCCACCGAACUAUCCGGUCCAUUGCGUUCCAUGCAGGAUUUGGCACGACGCAUAGCCAAAGUAUCAUCCGAAUGCAAACUGGAGCUGGAUGCCGACAGCUAUGUGGACAAAUUCAAACCCUUCCUCAUGGAUGUCGUUCUGGCCUGGUGCAAGGGAUCGAGUUUUCUGGCUGUCUGCAAAAUGACAGACAUUUUCGAGGGUUCAAUCAUUCGUUGUAUGCGUCGACUGGAGGAGCUGUUGCGUCAAAUGUGUCAGGCAUCGAAAACUAUAGGCAAUACCGAUCUCGAGAAUAAAUUCUCCGAGGGUAUAAGACUCCUGAAGCGUGACAUUGUCUUUGCUGCUUCGUUGUAUCUAUAAGUUUAGGGUUUCGUCUAAGAACAAUGGAUGGCAGUUUGUUUAUAUUAUGUGAGACAAAAAGAAUAUUACAUACAGGAUAAAAUAUGUAAUUUGUAUUCUUAAUUAUGUAUUUUUUAAGAGCAAUUAUAACAGAAUAAAAUAAUGGUAAACACAAAAAA